AUGUCGGACGGUACUCCACAGUCAUACCAUAGUUUUCGGGGAACUGAUGAGUUAAAUCUUCGUCUUCUAGCAACAAGAGAGCGACGUUUGAAUUCCCUAGUACUUACUCUAUUGGUUAUGGUUUCUUUUGCCUCAUUGGCUAAUACUACGCAACAUCACGUAAUUUUCGAAUACAUAGAGAAGUUGAAGAACGAUUGCAAUGGUUGGAAAGACUGCAUUGAAAAAAUCAUUAAUGGCUGUAAUCCAGAGGAGCACUUUAUGCUUCUGCAGGUGAUUGAAGCAUAUUUGACAGUGCGCUAUGCGGAUAGCGAUCAGGAUCAGGAUAUUAUUCGAAGAUGGAUGCGUGGCUGGUUGCAGCGCUUAAGUUUACCUGGGAGUCAGCCAUCAUUUCUAGUGAACAAAAUGGCUCAGCUCUUUGCUUUGGUUUUUGCUGCCGAUUUUCCAAAGCGUUGGCCGAAUUUCAUGGAGGAGGUAUUUUUCCAACAGAUGUCAUCAUCACCUGAAAUAACGGUCUUUUUCCUGCGCACUUUGAUUGCUAUCGAUUGUGAGGUAGUUGAUCGAGAGAUUCGGCGUACGAAGCAGGUGACUGAAAGAAAUAUGCGAAUAAAGGAUGCUAUGCGUGAUAGCUGCAACUAUAGCUUGGCACUGAUCUGGACUCAAAUACUAGCAGAAAGCAAUGAUUUGAAGACUAGAAAACUUUGUUUGGAUGUCAUUGCUUGUUACAUUGACUGGAUUGAUUUGGAACUUGUUGUUAACAGUACUACCAUUCCAUUUAUUAUUAAUUGUUUGAAAAAUGAGCGCACUUGUGAAUCAGCGGUAUCAGCUAUUAGUGCAGUGCUCGCAAAAGGCAUGAAUGCUGAAAAGAAACUUCUACUGACUGCAUCGCUGUGUACUGUUUUGCAUGAGAACGGGUCAUUUGAUUUGAAAGAAAACGAUGUCGAUGAUGUUUUGAGAACUGGAGCUCUCAUAAGCUCAUUAGGCUGCGCUUUGAUCGAUUGCCAUACAUCUUUUUCAAAAGUUGGUGAUAUAGAAAGAUCUACGCAGUGUGAAGUGCUUCUUCAGGAACAAGCUGAUAUCGCUUUGUUAUGCUUUUCUAAUGAGAAUAUAGAUGCGUCUGGAACUGUUAUCGAGUUUUUACGGCGUUAUAUUUGUGUUCUUAAAACUCAGGAAUUUGAGAAGCGUCACGAUUUCACUAAUCGAAUGAUCUGCAUAGCCAUGGAUAGAUACAAAUCUGCAAGUGAUGUUGAUCUGGGUAAUACAGAUGGUGAGGUGGUAGCUGAAUUCAUGGCUUAUAGAAGGCAACUUCGAAAUAUGCUAUCAGCAGUUGGGAAUUUUGAACCGGAGCCGAUAUUGAUGAAACUGGAGCCAUCGGUGCGAAAUGUAUGUGAAAACUGGAAGCAGUGCCACAUGAGUGUUAUCGAAGCUACGUUAACACUAGUGUAUGACCUUGCUGACUUCAUACACACAAAUUUCGGAGGUAAUAGCAGUUUAAUCUCUGAACGUGCAAAAACACUGGCAACACAGAUUCUACAAAGUACAGUAAAUCAUUGCGGAUUACCUUGUAUCAGUACAUUAUUCUUCGAAAUUGCAUGUCGUUAUGAGAGGAUCCUGCAAAGUAAUACCGGUCCACUGCCAAUAAUACUGGAAGCAUUCUUGGAUACACGUGGUCUUCGCCAAGCUUCGUUGCAAUCACGAAGUCGCAUUAUCUACUUAUUUUGUCGCUUUGUAAAAGCACAUAAGCUUUUCUUGGGUAACCAAGCUGAAAAUAUUCUCGUACAAUUGGAAUCAUUUUUCACAGUUACAUCUGAAGAAGAUUACCAACUCUCGAAAGAGGAUCAGAUGUAUCUGUAUGAAUCUACAUCAGUGUUAAUUGUUAACAGUAAUCUACCGGUUGAAAGGAAACAAGAAUGCAUAAAAGUUCUCGGUUUAUCAUUGCUUCAGAAAUUCUCACACGUAACGGAAGGGCUAUCACGAACAAAGAAUGUGGAAGAAGUACAGCAGCUUCAUCAGCGGUAUGCUGAUAUUAUUGGUUAUAGCGCACGUGUUACUAAAGCAUUUACAAACAACUAUACCAUGCAGUGCUGUCAGUGCACUAUCGUUUUUAUUGAAUUGAUGAAAGUUUUUCUGGAUAAGGUAACUCCAAAUAAUGUGGAAGGAUUGGACGCACUGAGGCAGUAUCUUCAUCGGAUGGUUACUUGUCUUGAUGGUGAAAUACUAGCUGUGUUACCAGCUAUUUGCGACAAGUAUCUUGAUGUCGGUUCCAAUCUUAAAGUGAUGCAUGACUUCCUUAUUUUACUGCAGCAAAUUUUGGGCAAGUUUAAGAAACGUCUUUUGGAAACUGGUCUGAAUAUUCCUGCUUUAUUUGAUAUUUUGUGGACCGCGCAAAUGUCAUUCGAUAUAUCCAAUGAAAGUCGUGUUAGGGAUAUGAUUUAUUACAACCGAGCUUUUCUGCAAACAAUCUUGAGCAUCUUAACACAUGACUUAAUUGUUAUGUUAACAGACUGCGGCGCCGAAUUCUUCCACAAAAUAGCCGACUCACUCAUUUCUUACAUGAGCUUAAAUGAUGUGCCAGCACAACGGAUUACAUUCCAAAUUAUCAACAAAUUAUUUCUAAAACUGUCGAACAACGGGUCAACUGCUUUCAUCGAAUUUUUAUGGGAAAAAGCGGUUUGUGGUGCGCUUCAGACUCCUCUUAAUGGAUAUCAUGACCUUACAGACGCUCAGUGUGUUUUGCUUCAACACGAAAUUUAUUUGUUUUUUCCUGCGGAUUUUGCCCGAAAUUUUUGUCAGUGUAUAGCUAGUUAUAAGGGUAAACAACUGGAAAAGGCCCUGGAUAUGCAGUAUGCUCAGCUGAGGAGAAUGAAAGCGGAUGGUAUUGCACCGUGA